AUGCAAGGAGAGCACAGCAAAGCUUACAAGGACAGCAUGGCUUGCGAGGACAGCACGGCUUGCAAGGACAGCACGCCUUGCGAGGACAGAAUGGCUUGCAAGGACAGCACGGCUAGUGAGGAGAGAACGGCUUGCGAGGACAGCACAGGUUGCAAGGACAGCACAGAUUGCGAGGACAGCAAAGCUUCCGAGAACAGCACAGCUUGCGAGGACAGCACAGUUUGCGAGAACAGCACAGCUUGCCAGGACAGGACAGCUUGCAAGGACAGCACAGCUUGCGAGCACAGCACAACUUGCGAGGAAAGCACAGCUUGUGAGGACAGCACAGCUUUCAAGGACAGCACAGCUUGCGAGGACAGCACAGCUUGCGAGGACAGCACAGCUUGCGAAGACUGCACAGCUUGCGAGGACAGCACAGCUUGCAAGGACAGCAAAGCUUGCAAGGAAAGUACGGCUUGCGAAGACAGCAUGGCUUGCGAGGACAGCAUUGCUUGUGAGGACGGCACGGCUUGCGAGGAGAGAACGGCUUGGGAGGACAGCACAGGUUGCGAGGACAGCACAGGUUGCGAGGACAGCACAGCUUCCAAGGACAGCACAGCUUGCGAGGACUGCAAAGCUUGCGAGGACAGCACAGUUUGCGAGGACAGCACAGCUUGCGAGGACAGCACAGCUUGCGAGGAAGGCACAGCUUGCGAGGACAGCACAGCUUGCGAGGACAGCACAGCUUGCGAGGAAAGCACUGGUUGCGAGGACUGCUCAGCUUGA